AUGAAGGUCGCUGUUUUCUUCUCCUUGGUCGCCUCGGCUGCUGCCUUCUCCCAGGACGCUUCCCGAAGGGAGGCUCUCUCGGCUGCUGCCGCAGCUGGUGCCGCCUUUGUCCCUGCUAUUGCCAACGCUGCAGCAGGUGAAUCUCCCCGAUUCUCUGUCUUCGGUGUUUUCGGUGACGGUACCGCCUACUCUGAGGGUGCUGCCUACGGAAGUGACCAAGGCACAAAGGUGUACUCCCCAUACUCCGUCUAUGGAGAGGUUGGAGCUCCAGGAACUCUUUACACUCCUGAUGAGCCUUCCUUCGCUGCUCGUAAGGCCGCUGUCCUUACCGAGUCCAAGAAGCGCCUUGCCAGGCUCGAUGCUUACAUUGCCAAGAAAAAGUGGUACGAAGUCCGCAACGAACUUGGACGUUACAUGUACGAGACCCGUGGAGCCGUCAGGGGACUUGCAUCCACUCCUGAACAGAAGAAGGCUGCCUCAAACUUCUUCGCUGCCAUCGAGGCAUGUGAUGGUGCUGCCCGCCUGAAGCAGCAAGAAAAGUGCGCCUCUGCCGCCGCUGCAUCCAUCAGCGCCCUUGAUGCCUUCACUGCUCUCCUUUAA